AUGGCGAAGGUGCCAGGAGGGUUGUGGAAGAACGCGAUUGCUGUUCAGGUCUAUGGUGCCAACACGGGAGUUGGCAAAACAGUCUUCUCGACGCUCCUGGGUGCACAUUUCGGUAGGGCAAGCCUCAAGAGCAGGGCAUCGCCGUUACGCCAUGGGCCUUACAAAGUACAAUAUGUAAAGCCUGUAUCUACAGGCCCAGCUGAUGAAGCCGACGAUAGCUAUGUGCACAACGAUGAGCUCAUCAGCCAAACGGUGUUCAAGACGGUCCAGAAAGCAGCCGGCACAUUAGAUCAGGGUCGGUUAUUCUCCAUCAUUGAGACAGCUGGUGGAGUUCUUAGUCCUGGACCUUCCGGCACGCCACAGGCGGAUAUCUUCCGACCACUACGACUUCCUGCGGUGCUCGUAGGUGACCAUCGGUUAGGUGGUAUCGCCUCUACCAUAUCAGCUGCAGAAUCCCUGAUCAUGCGAGGAUAUGAUAUCGAUGCUGUUGUGUGUUUCGACGAUAAGAGCCAGUAUGAGAACGCAGAUUACUUAAAGAAGUAUUUCAUGGAUAUGGGUAUACCAGCUUACAAACUACAAUGGAUUCCGAACCUCCAGGGCGUUGCACCAGGUACGAAAGAAGAGACGGAAAUUAUGCAAGAUUACUACAGUACAGAAAGCGACAGCACAUCGGUAGGAACGAUCGCUGAGGAGCUGAUCCAUCGCCACGACCAGCGACUCAGUCGCCUAGGCUCGAUGCCGUACGAAACCGAGGACAAGAUUUGGCAUCCUUUCACACAGCACAAGCAUGUGAAGAACGCGAACGACAUACUAGUUAUCGAUUCGGCGUACGGGGACUUCUUCCAGGUCAAGCGCAAGGGCAAUGAAGAGGUGCCUCAUCCUGAUAACCAGACCUUGUACCCAGCAUUUGACGGCUCCGCAUCAUGGUGGACGCAAGGACUUGGACACGGUAAUCCGCGAUUAGCACUGGAAGCAGCAUACGCAGCAGGACGCUAUGGUCAUGUCAUGUUCGCCGGCGCCACACACGAACCAGCUCUCACUCUAGCAGAGAAGAUACUUUCGGGCUCGCCACGCGGGACCCGUUUGAGGAAAGUGUUUUACACAGACAAUGGAAGUACAGCGACAGAGGUUGGUAUCAAGAUGGGGCUGCGGGCUUCCAGCAAGCGCUAUGGCUGGGAUAGCGCAAAAGAGUCCGUUGGUGUCCUUGGACUCAAAGGCAGCUACCACGGAGACACGAUCGGUGCCAUGGAUGCUUCUGAACCUUGUGUCUUCAACGAGAAAGUCGACUGGUAUCGCGGCCGCGGCUUCUGGUUUGACUACCCGACCUUCAAGCUCAAGAAUGGCCAAUGGGUAGUUGAACCGCCCAAGGGCAUGGAAGAAGAAUUGGGUCCAGCUCAGAACUUUGAGAGUCAAGACGGCAUAUUCGAUUUCGCUACCAGGGGUAGAUCGGCGCAGUACGAGGCCUACAUAGAGAAAACGCUAGACGAGCUGGUCAAGAAGCAAGGCAAGAAAUUUGGUGCCCUGGUCUUGGAGCCCGUCGUCCUCGGAGCCGGAGGUAUGCUGUUUGUGGACCCGCUCUUCCAGCAAAGCUUAGUACGCGUCGUCCGUCGUUACGACUUUGCAAACGGCUCCAGGGUUACGGAAUCUCCGAAGGACGAGAAUGCUUGGUCUGGUCUUCCCGUCAUGUUUGACGAGGUGUUCACUGGUUUGUACCGUCUGGGUCGCUUCUCUGCGGCCUCAUUCCUUGAUGUCCAUCCCGACAUCAUGGAGAAAUUGAACUUCGGCCAUGAGCGGAACUUGGCCGAGAACAAAACCAAGAUGAGGGUUGAGUAUGUGAAUGCUCUGGGCUCUGUUCUCGCCGUGUCGCUCGUUGACGAAGCCGGUUCUGGCUACACUUCCUCGGCAGCAGUUGGCCUUCGCGAUGCUUUACUCCACCAUGUCUCUGAAUCACAGGUACAGAUUCAUUCGCGCAUACUGGGUAAUGUCAUCUACCUUAUGGCGAGCAUGACUGCGACGCGCUCUCAACUAGCUCCUAUCGAAGCGGCGUUCAUGGAAAAGUUGGGAAGUGUUACAAAAGCUUGA